CAUCACUUCCCGCUAAAAAUUUAAAAGAAGCACCGGUUAAAAGUCCUUCUUUGAUCUGCAACUCUCAAAACUCAUCCAUGGAAGAUCUUAGAGAGAAGGUCGAAUCCAUUCGAGAGAUCCUUGGCGCCCAUUUAUCCGAACCCGAAAUCUUCCAAGCCCUCCAUCUCGCGAGAGGCGACACCCACUCUGCUGUUAAUAUCAUCCUUGACACCAAAUCCUCUGUCAGAAAAACAAAUUCCGGCGUCAGAAUCUAUGCUGAGUGCGAUCCACAAUCACAAGAAAAUCCCACCCAAGAAGAUGUUCCAGUGAAAUAUGAAGACUUCAAGGUGAAAAAUGAAGAGUUUGGGGUAAAAAAUGGAAGUUUCAGUGUGAAAAGUGAAGGUUCUGUGGACUUCUGUUUUAUAGAGCCAGAAAAUGUUCAUUUCCCAAACGCGGGUUUGGAAAAUGGGUAUUUGGGUGGAUUUCAUGAUCCAUAUAUCAAAUCAAAAGAUGAAUAUUUGAGCCAAUAUCAAGAUUUGACGAAAAAUCCUAUUCAUUAUAUCGAGGAUGGAUCUGAUGGUUGGAAUCCUGCAACAGGUAAAAAAUCUGGCAAAGAAAUGGCUGGAAAUGGUGGAACCCCGGCUGAGUUAGGUGAUUUUCCAGUAGAGAAAGACUGGUUUCUUGUGGGGGGAACAGUGUUGAGUGGUCUUUCAACUUGUAAAGGGAGGAGGCUCGAGGUGAAUGAGAUUGUAGAUUUUGACUUUCCAAAAGAUAGGAAAAGGGGGGCGAUUGUGAGACAGGGGGCGAGUUGGAAGGCCGCUGCUGCCUGCUCUGAGAUUGUGAGGUUUUCAACGAAGAGGUCAGGGGAGAUUGGCAGGCUUCCAACAGAAUGGACAAGGUGUUUAAUUCCUCUCAUAAACUCAUCCAAAGUAAAAAUUCACGGCCGUUGCAUAUCUGCCCCAGAGGAGCUUUGCAUGAUGCAAGAAAUUCUAUUAUACAUCGGUCUCUAUAUCCAUAAGUCAGUUUUCACCAAGGGUGAUAAAGGUUUAUGGGAACUGACUGUUCCCUCGAAAUUGGAUUCCACCGUGCAUCCAGUUCCCACUCUGUUUAAAUUGCUGAAGAUCAAACCAUUUCAAAAGGCAGAAUUUACCCCUGAGGAGCUUAAUAAGAGAAAACGUUCAUUGAAUCUACAGGAUGGUUCCGAUGAAUCUGCUCUGUUAAUGCCACCUUUAAAGCGCAUAAGUGGGAUUACACCAUUAGAAGGAAACAAUCAAGAACAGGCCUUAUCUGAUUCUGUCAUGUCUAAGCUCAUUGGAGCUGCAGAUAUAUAUAACUUGGAGGAAAGGGAUCCUCCAAGCACACUAAAAUGCAUAUUGAAGCCAUACCAGAAGCAAGCUCUUUACUGGAUGUCUGAAUUGGAAAAAGGCAUUGAUGCGGAGAAAGCAGCAAAAACACUUCAUCCUUGCUGGGAAGCAUACCAAAUUAAUGAUAAGAGGGCUUCAGCGGUGUAUGUGAAUGUGUUCUCUGGGGAGGCCACUACACACUUUCCCAGUGCACUGCGGAUAGCCAGAGGAGGGAUAUUAGCAGAUGCGAUGGGGCUUGGGAAGACUGUGAUGACGAUUGCCCUCAUACUUGGAAACCCUGGUAGGGGGAACCUAGAUAACCAAAAAGAAGCUCUUGGAAAUGAGCAUGAAAUGAAGAAAAUCGGGGGAAUAAGGGGCGAAGUGGAAAAGGGAAAAUCAACAAGAGAAACCCCACUCCGCAAGGGUGGUGGCACUCUUAUUGUUUGCCCCAUGGCAUUGUUAGGACAGUGGAAGCCCGUUGAACCAUCACUGUCCAUUGAAAUGAUGCAGAGUGAUGCAAAGUGGUACUCACAAAAAUGGGCCAUUACUCCAAUGGACGAACUAGAAGCCCACUCUGAGCUGGGGUCGUUGUCAGUCUUUGUGCUCUAUGGCCAUGACAAAACGAGAGACUUAAAUGUAAUACUAGAUCAUAAUGUGGUGUUAACCACAUAUGGAGUCUUGUCUUCAGCAUACAAAUCAGAAUCUGAAGGAAGUGUUUUUCAUAGAGUAGAGUGGUUCAGGGUGGUAUUAGAUGAAGCACAUACCAUCAAGUCCUCAAGUUCUCAGCAAGCGUUGGCAGCAUUUGCACUUGUUUCAGAGUGUCGAUGGUGCCUUACAGGAACCCCUCUUCAGAAUAAGUUGGAGGAUCUUUACAGCCUUCUUUGCUUCUUGCAUGUUCAACCCUGGUGCAAUUGGGCCUGGUGGCACAAACUGAUUCAGAAGCCUUAUGAGAAUGGUGAUGAAAGAGGUUUGAAACUUGUUAAAGCUAUUUUGAGGCCAUUAAUGCUGAGGAGAACAAAGGACAGUACUGAUAAAGAUGGAAGGCCCAUCCUUUUUCUUCCACCGGUUGAGAUUGAGACAGUGGAGUGCGAGCAAUCUGAAGCUGAGCGUGAUUUCUAUGAAGCUCUGUUUAAAAGAUCCAAGGUGCAAUUCGAUCAAUACGUCGCACAGGGAAAAGUCCUACACAACUAUGCAAACAUUCUCGAGCUUCUCCUGCGAUUAAGACAGUGCUGUAAUCACCCAUUCCUUGUUGUGAGCCGUGGAGACCAAUUGUCAGACUUAAACAAGCUUGCUGAUCGCUUCAUGACUGCAACCACUACAAAUGGUGGCUCAGUACCCUCCUCUGUGUAUGUGGAGUCAGUGGUGAAGGGCCUAUUUGAGAAAGGAGAUGCAGAGGAAGAGUGCCCCAUAUGCUUCAAGUCAGCAGAUGACCCUGUUCUUACUCCUUGUGCUCAUCGUAUGUGCCGUGAGUGCCUCCUCUCAAGCUGGCGUGCCCUCUGUGUAUCUGGCCCUUGCCCCGUGUGCCGGGGCGUGUUGAGCCGAGCUGAUUUGAUUGCUUGCCCAACUGGGGGUCGGUUCCGAGUGGAUGUAAAGAACAAGUGGAACGAUUCAUGUAAGAUCUCGGCCCUUCUCCAUUGUUUGGUCGAGCGAUCCAACAGUACGAAGUGCAUCGUGUUUAGCCAGUGGACGUCAUUUUUUGACCUUCUUGAGAUCCCAUUGAAGAGGAAGGGCAUUGGGUUUCUGAGGUUUGAUGGGAAGCUUGGCCAGAAACAGAGGGAAAGGGUGCUCAAGGAAUUCAAUGAAUCCUCGAGUACUACUGUGUUGUUGAUGUCACUGAAGGCUGGUGGAGUUGGUCUGAAUUUGACUGCAGCAUCAAAAGUUUUUCUAAUGGAUCCAUGGUGGAAUCCUGCUGUAGAAGAGCAGGCCAUCAUGCGAAUACAUCGGAUAGGACAGAAGCAAAAGGUUUUGGUCAAACGUUUUGUUGUUAAGGGGACCGUGGAGGAGAGGAUGCAGCAGGUUCAAGCAAGGAAGCAAAGGAUGAUAGAAGGGGCUCUCACCGAUGGGGAAGUCAGAAGUGCCAGGAUUGAAGAGCUCAAAAUGCUCUUCAGAUAAACACACACACUCUCUCCCCCUUUCCCCUCUCUCUGUCCCUUUCCCCUCUCUCUCUAUAUAUAUAUAUAUUCCUAUUUUUUUUUGUAUCUUUUUGUCCCAUCCUCAUCCUCAUGCCUUCCGGAUUUAAGGUGAGAGGGUAAAUAGCAAAGAAAUCAUAGGAAGUUUUUGUACAUAUCUUUCUCUCUCGGUUGUACAUGCAAAGGGAAGUAACACUCGGGUUCUUUGAUGCAAUUUUGUUGUAUUUUUUCAAAGUAAAAUUGGAGGACUACGUGAUCGCAAUGCGCUUAUUUGUGCCUAAUUUAA